AUGGUUGAAGUUGAAGAUAUUACUAUCGAAUUAAUUUCAUUUGGUCAUUCAUUUGGCGUUCCACAAAAUAUUGAUUUAUUAUAUUCAGUACGUCAUUUCUCAACAGCUAAUGUUGAAAACUAUCAACAAUACGAUAGACGACAUAAACGAAUACAAAAUGAAUUAUUAAAUUUAGUGAAAUAUGAAGAUAUAAUUAAAAUGAUUACGGAACAACUAUUAAGUUUCAUUCAUAAUCAAAAGAAAAAUUCAAUAAAACUAGCAGUUGGAUGUGAACAAGGUCAACAUCGAUCAGUUGCUGUUAUUGAAUGA